UAUAUUUGACUUAAGCGCUUGCAAUCAGCAAUUUGUGAUUUGCUAAAAGUAUUUGUGUUUUUGAUUUCAGAUUCGUUUCAUUUAUUUAACUGAAUACUUAAAAAAGACGAGCAAAGCAAGUGGUUAAAGCAGCGCAUUUGUUGUUGGUGAUAAUUAAAUUUGUGAAACAAGAUGAAAUCUCUGUUCAUUUUCGGCCUCUUGGCCUUAUCAGCAUUCACUUAUGCCGAGGAAGCGCAAAAAUCAGCGGAGCCGAAGUCUGCUGAGCCCGCAGCAGCCGCUUCCGAAGUGAAGCCAUCCAGCACAGCCGAGAAGAAACAAGAAAAACGUGGCAUCAUUCAUGGAACCGGCUACGGUUACGGCGGUGGUCAUGGUGGCGCAGUACUUUUAAGUGGUGGACAUGGUGGUGGAUAUGGUGGCGGUAUUGGUGGUGGUGCCAUCAUUUCGGGCACUGGACUCGGUGGUGGUUUGGGUGGUGGACUUGGCGGUGGACUCGGCGGUGGCAUUUCCGUACCCACUAAUGUCCAAACCUCUUACGUGGAACGUCAGGUCGCUGUGCCUUAUCAAGUCGAACGUGCCGUGCCCUACCCAGUGGAGCAAAUCGUUCAAGUACCAGUGCAAGUACCUGUACCACAACCCUACCCCGUUGAGAAAACCGUACAUGUACCAGUCAAAGAGAUCGUCAAAGUACCUGUGCAUAUACCACAACCCUACCCCGUAGAGAAGACUGUUCACGUACAUGUGCCCGUACAUGUGGAUCGCCCAAUACCAGUGAAAGUGCCCGUCCCAGCACCAUACCCAGUUGAGAAGAUCGUGCAAGUGCCCGUUAAAGUACCGGUACCACAACCCUACCCGGUUGAGAAGAUCGUGCAAGUGCCCGUCAAAGUACCUGUACAUGUGCCACAACCUUACCCAGUCGAAAAGAUUGUACAAGUGCCCGUCAAAGUACCCGUCGAUCGUCCCUACCCAGUACCUGUGGAGAAACCAUACCCAGUACCUGUCGAGAAGCCCGUACCAUACCCAGUCGAGAAGCGUAUCACCAUACCUGUGCAAGUGCCAGUCGAUAAUCCAGUGCCAGUCCAUGUAGACCGUCCCGUGGCUGUGCCUGUCAAAGUUGCUGUGCCCAGGCCAUAUCCCGUCAUCAAGGAGAUCCCUGUACCAGUCGAACGCAAAGUACCCUACCCGGUGAAGGUACCAAUCGAUGUACCACGCCCCGUGCAUGUCGAACAGCACGUCCCGGUGGCCGUUGAACAACACGUGCCCUACAAAGUGCCAGUUCCAGUGCCCGUCCAUGUUCAGAGCCAUGUUGCGCCAGCGGCUGCGAUAAUUAGCGGAGGCUAUGGUGGUAUUGGCGGUUACGGUGGCCAUUCCAUUGGCUCCCUUGGUGGUCACUCCCUCGGAGGCUAUGGUGGCCAUUCGAUCAGCUAUGGACACGGAAUUCACAAGAAGAAGUAAAUUGCCAAAUGCUUUGACUCGUUGAGGGUGUGAGGGACUUUUUAGUAAAAAGGCAGCAGACUUACAUAUGUACAUCUAGAAAUUACGGUUAAUUAGUUGAGAAUUUAAA